CCCCUCCCCCCCCCCCCCGGGUGGCUUCAUGGGGCAGCGCUCGCUCAGGGGGGUGCUGAGCCCCUCGCCCUGCCGUGGGGACCCCCGGUGCCCCCCAAUUUGGGGGGGUGCUGGGGGGUGACCGGCUCCUUCCCCAGGUACGUGCAGAGCCUGCUGGACAUCAUGGAGUUCCACGACAGGGACCCUGAGGACCAGGCCACCCUGGGGCAGUUCACCGACGCCCUGGUCACCAUCCGCAACCGGCACAACGACGUGGUGCCCACCAUGGCGCAGGGCGUCAUCGAGUACAAGGACGCCUACGGGGACGACCCGGUGUCCAACCAGAACAUCCAGUACUUCCUCGACCGCUUCUACCUGAGCCGCAUCUCCAUCCGCAUGCUCAUCAACCAGCACACGCUGCUCUUUGACGGCAGCACCAACCCGGCGCACCCCAAGCACAUCGGGAGCAUCGACCCCCACUGCAGCGUGGCCAACGUGGUGAGAGGUCUGUGGGGCCGGGGGGGGGCGGGCCCCCCCCUGCCCGGGGGGGGGGGGGGGGGGGGGGCGGGCCACGGGAUCGGGGGGGGGGGGGCCCCCCGCUGGGGGGUCGGGGCCGGGGGGAGGAUCUCGGGGGGCUCGUUCGGGGCUGGGGAGGCCACACCGACGGCGCUGUGCCCCGCAGCCAGCAGCCCCCAGCAGCCCAUCAGCAUCGUCUACGUCCCCUCGCAUCUCUACCACAUGCUCUUCGAGCUCUUCAAGAACGCCAUGCGAGCCACCGUGGAGAGCCACGAGAACAGCCCGCGGCUACCGGCCAUCAGGGUGAUGGUGGCCCUGGGUCAGGAGGACCUCUCCAUCAAGAUGAGUGACCGCGGCAUGGGCGUCCCCCUGCGCAAGAUCGAGCGGCUCUUCAGCUACAUGUACUCCACCGCUCCCACCCCGCAGCUGGGCACCGGGGGGGCCCCCCUGGUAGGUGCCCCCCUGGCCGGCUUCGGCUACGGGCUGCCCAUCUCCCGCCUCUACGCCAAGUACUUCCAGGGGGACCUGCAGCUCUUCUCCAUGGAGGGCUUCGGCACCGACGCCGUCAUCUACCUAAAGGCUCUGUCCACGGACUCGGUGGAGCGGCUGCCGGUGUACAACAAGUCGGCGUGGCGGCACUACCAGGCCAGCCAGGAGGCCGGGGACUGGUGCGUGCCCAGCACCGAGCCCAAGAACACCUCCACCUACCGCGUGCCCUAAGCCGGGGGGGGGAGAAGGGGGGGUUGGCUCUGUGCUGGGACCCCCCCCCCCCAGCCUUGGUGGCACUUAGGUACGGGG